GAGGUUUACAGUUUUGAAGUGGUCGAAGGCUGACAGGAUGAUCUCAUGUCCUCCUCUCACCAAACACACCGCCGCCAACAACUCCAACACCAGAGCCUUCGUCCUGACAGAGAGAGGGAGAGCGACGGAUGAGCUGAGCUUUAAACCUUUUCAGCACCAAGACAGCGUCUCUGCAGAACCCGCCCCUCUCUGGUCCAGUCCAUCAGUCUGCGUCACAGAAGGACACAGCGACAAAGGCGAGGACACACUGGGCUGUCAGGCAGACAGGAUGAAGCUGUAGACCGCUUUGAUUGGUCUUCUUGAUGGAUUUUUGUCACUAACGGGUUGACAGACAAACAGACCCUCUGCUUCUGCAGAAAGGCAACUGGGUGGUGGUUGUCAUGGGAACAGUGCUGUCACUGUCUCCGGCUAAAAGGCCGGAGAAGCUCGCGCUCCAGGAGCCUUAUGAGUCCCUCAAUGAGGAGGAGAAGAAGGAGCUGCAGGAUGAGAAGGAGGAAGACAAGAAAAAGAGGAAGCGGCACCCGGUGCUGCUGCACGCGCUCCGGUGGAAGAAACGCCUUGCUGCCGCACGAGCCAAGAGGAACGGCGGGAAAAAGGGGAACCCCGUGGUGUCCCAGCAUGUGCAGCGCGACCCUUCGGAUCAGACCAUUCACAGAGCCCCGGAGACCGUUCACCGAUCCAGGCCAGUCCUGGUACCCAGACCCGUUCCGGACCAGAGGUGCGUCAUAUCACCGCGGAGAGUAGUGGUGCAGGCGUCCACAGGUGAACUCCUUCGUUGUCUUUCUGACUUCAUGUGUCGGCGUUGUAUCAAACUAAAGGAGCUGUCGUCCAAUCAGAUCGUCCUUUGGUUCAGAAAUGUUGAUGGAGCGCUGCUGGUUCAAGGCUGGCAGGACCAGUGCUUCAUCAGUCCGGCCAGUUUGGUGUUUGUGUACCUGUUAUGCAGAGAGGCGGUCAACGAGGAUGUGUCUUCAGAGCAGGAGCUCCACGCUACCUUCCUCACUUGUCUCUACCUGGCCUACUCCUACUUGGGCAAUGAGAUCUCGUACCCGCUGAAACCUUUCUUAGUGGAGGCCAGCCGCGAUGCAUUCUGGGAGCGAGCGCUGGUGCUGAUUGACUGGUUGAGUGCUGACAUGCUGCGAAUCAACGCUGACCCACAUUUCUUCACCGAGGUCUUUCAGGACCUGAAAAACCAGGGAGGAUCAAGGCAGAAGAAGAAAGAUGGUGAGAAGCAGGAGAAAAAAAGAGAGGACGACAGUCGAAAACUGAAAGUCAAGCGGGCGAAAGAGAAUGAGGGAGGAGAACAAAUUGAUGGUCUGGAUCGUUAGAGAUGAAAAAGAAAGUGAUAUGGAGUAAAACAAAGUAACACAUUAACAUGUAUUUGUUAAUGAGAGCUCACUCUUGUGAACGAAACCGUCUGUACCUGCAGCGUUAACACAAUCACCAUGGCGACUGAAGUUCAGAUGUCUCAACAGUUGGGUUGACUGUGACCUUUGACUUCCUGCUCAAAACAAAGUCAACAUUGUAUGGCAUGCUCUCAUUCAAACCAACAGUAUCCUCUGAAUCUAGAAGUAGAUGAAUUUCCAUGGCAAUUUGACACAUAAUCUCAAUCCAUAAUUUGUUUCUUUGAAUAGCUGAAGAAGAAUUCAUGUGUUAAGACGGAAUGUAUUUAUUAAUCACCAUAGAGAGUAAACCCAUCAGUUAAAGAACAGCUUAAUGAAAGGAUGUGACGUGAGAUUGUAGUUGGUAUCUAAGCUUCCGGGAUCUCCAGGCUAGAGACUGUUGAGCAGGUCUUGAGGAUCCUUCAUUCUGGCUAUCUAUUUUAAUAAGCUAUAAUUUGAAAUAAUUGACAUGGUUCUGUUUACACUUUGAUAAAUAAAUAGUCGGGAUUAAAUAAUUGCAAAAGCCGAGAUGAGAAGCAAACCAACGUGUUGUAACCUUGUGAUCAGCUGAUGUGAGUUUGAUGUUUUCUGUCCCGUUUUCAUGUCAUAAGGCUGAAUCUUACACCAGUCUGGUUAACUGAAGUGUGCAAAGUGUUUUAAUAUAGAAAUCCAACCACUCUCCUAACGAC